GACUGAUAGAAGUAUCCGCUUUUGACUGAUAGAGAGCAUCUCUCUUUUAUUUCAUCUGGGCAAUCUACGUUACCGAAGGUUAGGCCCAAACCCAUUAGCAAUUCAGCUAUUCGUAGACAAUACCAGAUCUUCCCAAAAAGAACCUUCCAAAGCAUCACCGUCCCUCCGACGAAAUCAAAAUGGUAAACAAAACCCUCGCCAUCGUCGUUCUCCUCCUCUUCCUGGCCGGAGCUCCGACGACGGAAUCUCUCUCCUACUUCCAAUACCAGACGCCCUUCUCCCUCUCCCACUCGCUCCUCACGCGCGUGGCCAACCUCCGCGCCGCUCGCGGCGACUACGCCGGCGCAAACCGGGCUCGGACCAUGGCGGCGAAGCUGGAGCCGGCGACGGGGAUGGGGUUCUGGCGGCUCAUGUGGUCCGCUGGUUGGGACUAUGUCAGGAACUAUGCCUGGAGGGACUUGGGCGCCUACUCGGAAUUGAUCGCCGCCGUUUCCGACGCGAACGAGUUGCUCAGUUGGCUGGGCGAGUUGACUCGGUUUGAGUCAGACUCGGAGCGCGUCGCCUGGGUGGGGCGAAGUUACCACUCUGUCCUCAGAGUCUCUAGGUCGCUGCUGGCUCGGCUCCUCAACGUGUUUCGCCAGUCGGGGACGUUGAGGGAAGUGGUGGAGACAGUUCAAAGAGAGGUGGUGGAUGGUGGGUUAUUGAGAGAUUGCCUUGAAUUGGGCAGCAAUGACUUGAAAGGCUUGAUUCAAAUACUCAAGGAUUUGGGUUUGCAAUUUGUUUCAACGCCUGACAAGAGCCACGCUGAUUUUUGACAUUGGGAAAUGGGAAGAAAAGAACUCGUCACAAUUAGUAUACACAUUUUUCUAUCAUUUUCAAUCAGGUGAUGUAAUCUAUAUCAUGCUUAAGUUGACCUUCAUAUACUACUUCCAAGAUACGUACAGAGACUGACAAGUGUUUGUAUGUUUUUGCCUAAUUUGCAAUUCCUAGGAACAAGAAAAUUUGUUUCUUCUAAGUUUUUGUAUUUGGAAAAGAAACGGGUAGGCGAGUUAAGAAUGUAAGACGUGAGUUUCAGUUGUUUUCUAUGUUUAGCACCAAUCUGAAGAUUGUUGUAGCUGAA